CUCUCUCUAUAACUCAUUUUUUUGCUUCCAUGCAUAGAAUUCCCCUCCGACUAGAACACACAAACAAGAGAUAUAAAGAGAGAGAAAAUGGGUAUAUGUCUCAAUAGUUUAUCUUCUUGGGUUUGUUCAUGGCAUUAUUUAGGGACCCAUCUGUUCAAAGUUUGAUUUUUUGUUUUCUCUCAUCAGAUUCUUCAAAUUUUGAACAUUCAAGAGAGACUAGAGUACAUUGGAAUGGAAUUCAAAGGCUCUUCUUCUUUUCUGAUCUUUGUACUCUGCAAAACUGUCACAUCUGACCAAUCUGAUUCUCUUCUGAUUGCUUGUGAAAAAACCAAAACAGCUUCGUGAUCCGUGUCAAAAAAAGCCCACCUUUGCCAGAUUUGGUCCUCUUAAGCUUCAACUUCAUUGAUCUGGGUGUUCUUGUGUUCCUCCAUUCAGUCCCUCUUUGAUAGUUCGAGAUCAACCAAAUGUAGCAUUUUUGAGCUUCACAAAUGGUUCACUGAUCUGGUUUUCUCUAUUGGGUUUCUUUUCUUUUGAGUGAUCAAAUCAAAGCCAAUACACUACAUGGAAGGAGGAGAUCAAGAAUUGGGGUAUGCCUGCAAGUUGUGUAACAAAAGGUGUCCAUGUGCCAAGUCCUUGGGGGGUCACAUGAGGUGGUCUCAUCACUCUCGCAUGAGUGUGAACUCUGCUGAAUCAGAGGAAAAAUUUGAGCCCAACAUGAAAAAGUUGUCGUCUUUGGAUGGUGGUGGUGGUGGUGGUGGUGGUGGUGGUGAGAGAGAUUCAGGAGGGUUUGAGCUUGGUGGGCAAUCCGGUUAUGGCCUCAGAGAAAACCCUAGAAAAACAUGGAAGGCUGUGGAUUCAGUGUUCCCUUUGGACCAUGACAGGUGGGUUUGCAAACAAUGUGGCAAAGGGUUUCAGUCUUUGAAGGCUCUGUGUGGUCACAUGGCAUGCCACUCUGAGAAAGAGAGGGUUUUGAAGGAUGAUUUUUCAUGGAUUGAUGAGGAUCACAAGGUAGUAAUGGAUGGACAGUCGGAUACUGAGGCUGAGAACCCGAGGCCGCGAAAGAGGAGGACCACGAGCAGCAAGAGGUACAAGAGAAUUGUUGUGAAAUCUGAUUCUGUGUGUUUGGCAAAUGGUUCUUCAUCUGUUUCUGAGAUUGAGCAGGAGCAAGAAGAGUUGGCUUUGUGUUUGAUGAUGCUGUCUAGGGAUUCUGGCAAUUGGGGUGGUUUGAAUGAGUCUUCAGACAACAAUUCUGUGGUUUUGGAGACUAAAUCAUCGUCUAUUGAUAUGGGAAUUGGGAAAAGGGACUAUGUGAACUGUGUGUAUAAUGGCGAUGGGACUCUGGAAAAUAUGGAACUUAAAGGUAAGAAGUUAAAGUUUAGGGCUAUGGAUGCUGAACUUGUUCAAUUUGAGAAUUCGGAUUCUGGGUAUUUUAGGAAUGGAGCUAAGAAAGUAGAAUCAGAUGUUUCUGAUGAUGGGUUUCUAAGGAAUGAUGAAUACAAGAAGCCUAAAGUGGAUGGUAAGGGUUUCAAUAGGCUCAAAUUUAAGGGAAAUGAACUGAAGAGGAAGGGUUUGAUCAAGGAAGAAGGAUAUGGCGAGGCCUCAAAUCCGGUGACCUAUGAUUCGAAAAAGAGGUUCCAGAAUGGUUCUUAUAAUAAUGGUUCUUCCAAUGUCGAAAAAGGCAAGAAUGCUCAGAGGAGAAGCAAAUAUGAGUCAUGUAGUAACAAGAAUGCUCAAGAUUUGUCUUGCAAUGCUGAGAGAAGAUUUAACCCAAAGAAAAUCAAAGGACAUGAGUGCUCAAUUUGCUUCAGGGUCUUUAAGUCGGGCCAAGCUUUAGGCGGUCAUAAGAGGUCUCAUUUUAACACAAGCUCUGAAGACAGAAGUGAUCAGGCCCCAGUAAUCAACGAAGAGCUUCCCGAGUUUCAUGAUCUACUUGAUCUUAAUCUCCCCGCUCCUAUAGAGUGAGGCAAAUCAGCUUUCCCAAUUCAUGUCAUGGUAGUUCCAAAGCAGCAAGGAGUAUGGAUUGUUGUUGAGGCCGAUCUCUACAUUAGACAUAUAAUUUUGGUUAAUGGUUUCGAUGAAGAUGCUCGAUUGUACAGACACGUUGGUUGGUGGAAAACCAGUUCAACUAUAUGCUCUUUUUUUGCCCUUUUCCGGAUUCAAGGAUGCUUCGGAAGUGACAGCUGCAUUUCUGCUUAUACAACUUUAACAAGCAGUCCUUGUUGCAUAUGAAGGUUUAUCCUAACAUCCUAUUUUAAUAUGUUCAAAGAAUAUGCCUCCAUUUUCAAAAAAAUUAGUUCUGCUCAUCUGUUUUAUUUUAAGGCAUUGAUAUGAUGACUAAAUUUUAUGAUUCUUCUCGAGUAGUAGCUGCUUCUUCAUAGGGUAUUCAAUUUAGUGACCUAGAUAUAGGCCUGGUUUUCCUUCUCGGUUUCGUGUUUUGGAGACCUUAAUUGCAGUUAUCCUUUUGUUGCUAAGGGUAGCUUGGAAGCAAUUUCAUUGAACAAUAACACUAGAUUGAAUUUUUUUAUUUUUUUUAAAGGUGCACUUUAAUUUUUUAAAUUAGUUUCGAAAUCAUGUCAAGUUUGCUUACUUGAAUCAAAAUCACUCACUGUGAUUGAUCUUUUCCUAAAAGGAGAAAGUACCACCCUGCUUUAGUGGGGGAAAUUAGAGUGAUUUUCGUAUGUUGGGAGAUUAUUCUUUUGACAUUACAUGCUUUAGUACUGUGUUUUCACAUUCACAAUAUUUAGAGACAUACAGGAGACAAUGUAGGAUGGGCCGCCAAGAACCGGCCUUCGAUGAAGUUGCUUACAAGUUCAUUUUUAUAGAAAAGCUACUAAUGGGGUCUACAUAACAUUAUCUUUCUUUAUAGUUCACAAGAUUUAUCCACCUCAAGUCCUAUACACAUUGAACAUAGGUCUUAUAGUUGCCAGUUAGUACAGCAAUUUUUCGUAUAAUAGAAUCUAGUCGGUGUUAGGAUGGCCACCAACAGUACGAAAAGGG